UUUAAAAAUAUCCCGUCCAUUCGAUGCCUGUCACCCAUCAGCUACACAAACGCUGCCAGAACUCAGCCACCCUAACCUAACCUGCCUUCACUUUGGCUAGCAACGGCACAGCCAGACAUGUUGUCAGAACCAGUGAACUAAACGCUCUUCCUGCUCGGGACGUCGGAUCUCCGGUCGAGCGGUACCGUCUGGGUCGUAACAUUAGUGACAGGGGAGGGGAAAGUCAUAUAUUUAUUUAUAGGCUACUUAAUGAAAGCAUGUAGGAAGAAACACUGUUUGCCAUCAAGAGAAGCGAACGGGGCGCUGUGGCAAGGCAAAUUGUUAUUUCCCUUCCCAAAGGUAAUGCAUCAAGUGUGAAAGAAGGCUAUUCUGAGAGAAAUGGCUUCUAACAAGUCAAAGUCUGGCAGGAGCACAACAGCGUGGCAGGGAGCGGAGGCAUCUGCUCAGAAGGAGGAAUAUUUCACACCCGGGGGCUAUGAACUGGAGAAGAUUCUCAACCGUGGGAGUGCAGUGUACACUCGUGUCAAUGAGGUCUGGCCCAACGUCUACAUCGGAGACGAGCAGACGGCGAAAAACAAGGCCAACCUGAGGAAAAUGGGAGUUACUCACGUGCUGAACGCGGCGGAGGGAACGCGGAACAGCGUGAACACGGGGGCGGACUACUAUGACGACAUGGCCGUGGUGUACUUCGGCUUGGUGGCGGUGGACGUGGUGGGGUUCGACCUCAGCCAGUAUUUCUACUCGGCCGCCAAGUUCAUCCACGAAGCACUGCGUGAUCCUCAGACAUGGACACGGAAAGACGAACAUACAGGACUACUGAGCGUCUUUAAUAAAGGCAAUGCAUGUUCAGACACGCUGCUGGUUCACUGUGUGAUGGGUCGGAGCCGCUCGGCCACGCUCUUCCUGGCCUACCUCAUGAUCUACCACAACAUGACCGUGGUGGACGCCGUCGACCAUGUGAAACAGCGCCGACGCAUCAUCCCUAACUGGGGCUUUCUGAAGCAGCUAAGACAACUGGACGAAAGUCUCCAGGAGAAGAGGAAAGGCUCUUCAGACAGAGAGGGAAAUGACUAUAGUUAGAUCUAGUGCAACACAUGAUUGAUGAGAAGUGUUUUCAUUUAGCAUGAGUGCACACACACAUACACACACGCACGCACGCACAUCACAAGUAGAAGAUCACAGUGUAGAUUAGCCAUUGACAUGAAGCUUGCCUUUAUUACUCCAAAAUAUUUUAUCUAUUGCCAAAAAGGAAAUUAAAAAAAAAUAAUAUUCAAAAUGCCUUGCCCAAGUACAGAACUCAACAUUCCUUCAACCACUUUGGGGUGUUCAAUCAACUGCAGUGGCAUCAUAUUCAUGGUCAAUUAUAAUUUAUUCUUAUGCUAAAAUGUACAGCAUUUGAGUGACUGACAAAGGAGAAAAAGUCAUAAAUACAAGAAUGUCAUUCUGUCCAUUUACUGUGCACAUAGCCAGGUAUUUCCCCGUUAACCAACCAGCAACUCUGUACAGGUACAAAGGCUACAAAAGAGCAAUAGAAACAAAAACACAAGUACAAGUUGCGUUUUACAUGCAAUCUGUUAGCUUAGUUUGCUCUAUUCACAAGCUCUAAUCUUCUAGACUUCGGUAAAAUAUAAAUCCAACAUUUUAUAAAGAUAGAAAACAAAUCUACAGAUGGAAUGAAAAUGUAACUUUAAAGGCAUUAUGUAAAAUAUUUGGACUAAAUUUAUAUUCUUCUUUAUUGUUAUUCAUCGGUAUAAUCAUUUAGAUGUUUUUUUGUUUAAUCCCGCCACACUUCCCUUGACAAGUUGAAAUGU